AUGCGGCUGGGUCUAGACUCGUCGUCACCAAUCCAGGCUCCACAGGCGUCUACGAGUCUUCAAUUCCAUGAAGGAUUAUCUUCAUCAUCUCGUAUGAUUCCAAUCGAUGUAAAUAGCGACUCCUCAGAAGACCCUGAGCCUCUAGCAACUUACCAGCAUUCCGCACUCACCUCAUCCGACAGUGAGCUAUCAGUUUCGAGUCACCCAUCAAGCACAUCUGCAACAUCUAUUAACCUAAAGCGAUCCUUAUCAAUGACAAUACGCCAAUCUGUCCGCGAGAAUCAAUUGAAAGACGACGAAGAAUUCCCUAGUAGCUAUGUCACUCGAUUGGACGAAAGACGCAAUUUUUUAUAUAAUGUGAACGAUCGAUCCAAGCCAAAGCAGCAAAUCAGCGGAAAUUCUUUUUCAAGCAUCAGUAAAUGCAGCACACAAGUCCUGGACGAACCUUUCGAGAUAAUUUCAGCUGCACGAACGGACAUCUGUGGUCAAAAAUUUGAUCGUUGCGAGCUCGAGUUUAUAGAAGAUCGCGUAGAGCUGACGAUCUGGAAGCAUAACAAAGCACACUGGCAGGGACAGAUAAAAUAUGCACAUAUGGACCGAUUCUGUUUUUCACGAGGGAAUAAUCCGCCAUAUAUUUUAUUACUUGAGCUCAAUAACUUGCGGAAUGGGUCGGAUUUUGCAACAUUCUACGACUCAAUUUUUGCUAAAGUAUGCGAAGAAGAAGAAGCCAGAGAACAAGCAUCACCAAAGCUGUAUGGUAUCGUGUUUUUUUUUGAUGAGGAAAUUGAUUAUAUGCGCUGCCAGAGUAUGGGAGACAACAAUCCAAGAUUGGAGCAUCUUUUUCAACAGCAGUUACCCGAGAGCGAAGCACAGAAAUAUCUGAGAUCCGAUGCCUCGAGUAGGUCCCGAAAUCGCAUUGGCCCAAUUAACUCGAAUUUUGGAAGUGCAGUGGGCCGUGGCAUGGCAUCGAUUGUUGGAAAUCGCGCUAGAACUGCUCUAAACAGUGUUUCCUUGUUCUUUCGUCCAACGUCACGUCCUUCUAUUCUCGAAACGUCGCCUAUCUGGGAUAGCAAUCAUAAUGCUCAGAGAAGAGCGCUGAAUUUGACACUAAAACGAGACGAAGAAGUGGCCACUGAUUUAAGCAAGGAUAUCGCAUCGAUGUUGAAUAAUGGUGAUAAAACGUUGAUAGAUACUGCAAAUCACAAUGGCAAGCAAAAUCGAGGACUAGAUGGAGUCACACGUAACGAAACUCUUGUUACACAGCAAAACACAGAAAUAGAAGAAAAACACAUGAGACUUGCGUUUGUGGACGAUGUAUCGUUGCAACACGAUGGAUAUUUCAGGGAUAUUGUUGAGAAUAGAAAAAGCGUAGCAGCAAGUCAGUGUGUGGACGAACAGUUAAAACGAAGAAAGUUAAACGGUCGGCGUAAUGAAGUGUUGCUCACAUAUCCUUACGAUGGUUUGGAUGUUACGGGGAGGAUAUCUGUGACGCUUGGUGAUGUUGAUCGUCUUGUGCCAGGAGAAUAUCUGAAUGACAAUAUCAUUGACUUUUAUUUAAGGUUUUUGUGGCGACAUUUGGCUUCGUGGCAGCAGCAACAGACGUACUUCUUCACCACGCAUUUUUUUACUCAGCUGAAUAAUACGAAAGGAGCUUUUGAUUCUACUCGAGUAGACUCGAAUGAACGGUUUGCGCGAGUAGCUCGCUGGACACAAAAGGAGACCAAUCUGUUUGACAAACGUUUUUUAUUUAUUCCGAUAAACGAUAGUUUUCACUGGAGUAUUGCUGUAUUUUGCAACCCCGGGUCCGCGGUCAUUAAAAAGCAUCGACGUAUCAUUAAUCGCCACGUUAUGACUACCGCAUGCAACCCAUACGAGAGGGAAUUUGUAAAUUUAGCUGAUGGUGAUGGUGGCAGUGAUGGAAUUGAAGAAAAUGCCAUGUCAGCACCUGAAAACGAUGUUUUGGGAAAAAAUUGUGAGGAAGAGGAAUUACAGGCCAGUAAAGAUGAUCGACUUGCAAAUCCGCCGUGCCUAUUAUUUCUAGAUUCACUUCGCUGCCAUCGCAAAAAAAAGUUUACAGAAAUGCUUCGCGAUUAUUUUGAAUGUGAAUGGAAAGCACGGUAUGCUUCUAGUGCUGGUAUUGUGUCGGGUAGUUAUGAUGGGUUUGUUGAGGAUGAGUCGAUUGUGUCAGUGUUUGAUUCUGGUAGUAUCAUUCUUUGUGAGCCAAAUAUUCCUCUGCAACGCAACAGCUCGGAUUGUGGAGUAUUUUUACUUAUGUACGCAGCUUUGAUCGUGCACAAUUUUCCAACUGGUGUGACGCGAAAAGACUUGGAAAACAAUUUGGCACCAACUCUCACUUCCGACAUGUUUCAAGACGAGCACAUAGAGGAGUUUCGGGAAUAUCUGCAGCAAUUGCUCUUUUGUCUGCAAUUUUUAGAAAAGCAUGGAUUGUCAGAGGAUCAAGUUAAAGAUGAAGGACUUGAAUUCUUUACAAUCGAUUAA